AGGGAGAAGUUAUCAUUGACAAAAUUGUCUCCUGAGCCUCGCUUCAACAAUCGUCAAACAAUGCCCGGUGUUCUCUGUCCAUCGGAGCAUUCGAGGAUUCGCUCACUUGGAGUUGCUCCACACCUCUUCCCUUCUCAUUCACCUACUCGCUCGUAUUUUCUUCUUGGUUUCUGGGGGCAUUCGACAUGCCGAUCUGCUUCCAUUCUACGCCUGUCAUUUCCUUCUUCGGUCAAGCGGGUGUUUCCGUGCUCUUCCCUGCUCGGGUUUUCGAGUGGAAGCCACGCUUGGUUGCUGAUCAUCGCUGGAUUUGGCGACCCAGAACUUUCGCUACCUCGGAGGCGCGCCAUGCAUUAAGAAGGAAAUGCUCACCUCUGUUGGAUGCGGCAUUAUUGUCUAAUUCUAGCGCUUUGUCCUCAAAUGAGUGGAGGGCUGUUCCAGAUAUUUGGAAAUCAGCAACAGAAAAAUACGGGCAUCGAACAGCUGUAGUGGAUCUCUACCAUGAUCCUCCCACAGAACUAACUUACAGGCAGCUUGAGGAGGAUAUUUUGGAUUUUUCUGAAGGCUUGAGAGUUGUUGGUCUUCUUCCAGAAGAAAAGAUUGCCCUAUUUGCUGACAAUUCAUGCAGGUGGCUUGUUGCAGAUCAAGGUACCAUGGCCACUGGUGCUAUUAAUGUUGUUAGAGGGACAAGGGCAUCUAAUGACGAGCUAGUGAAAAUUUACAACCAUUCAGACAGGUAGCUGGUGAAUUUUAAUAACCAAUUCUGCUUGGAUCCUUUCAAUUAAUGGUGCUAUAGGCAGUUUAUAUUUCAGCCAUGCCACUUACUUUUAUUUGUUUUGUCUAUAGUACAUAUGCUAAAUUAUCAUGCUCAUUAUUAAUAAAUUCAAUAUGACCAUUCAUUAAAAUAGAAAAAAGAAAUGUUGGCCUCAAUAAUGAAA